UUGAUCUACAAGCUUGGUGGUAUUGACAAGCGUGUGAUUGAGAGGUUCGAAAAGGAGGCUGCUGAGAUGAACAAAAGGUCAUUCAAGUAUGCCUGGGUGCUUGACAAGCUCAAGGCUGAGCGCGAACGUGGUAUUACCAUUGAUAUUGCCUUGUGGAAGUUUGAGACCACCAAGUACUACUGCACUGUCAUUGAUGCCCCUGGACACCGUGACUUUAUCAAGAACAUGAUUACUGGUACCUCACAGGCUGACUGUGCUGUUCUCAUUAUCGACUCAACCACUGGUGGUUUUGAAGCUGGUAUCUCUAAGGAUGGCCAGACCCGUGAGCAUGCUUUGCUUGCGUUUACCCUUGGUGUCAAGCAGAUGAUUUGCUGCUGCAACAAGAUGGAUGCCACAACCCCCAAGUAUUCCAAGGCAAGGUAUGAUGAAAUUGUGAAGGAAGUCUCUUCAUAUCGGUACAACCCUGAGAAGAUCCCAUUUGUCCCAAUCUCUGGUUUUGAGGGUGAUAACAUGAUUGAGAGGUCUACUAACCUUGACUGGUACAAGGGUCCCACUUUGCUCGAUGCUCUUGACCAGAUCAAUGAGCCCAAGAGGCCUUCUGACAAGCCACACAGGCUCCCACUUCAGGACGUCUACAAGAUUGGUCGUAUUGGAACUGUCCCUGUUGGUCGUGUUGAGACCGGUGUCCUUAAACCCGGUAUGGUUGUGACCUUUGGUCCCACUGGUCUGACCACUGAAGUUAAAUCUGUUGAGAAGAUGAAAAUUCAAUGA